UUUAUGACUAUCUUGUCAUCUUCUUUUAUAUCUUUUCUUGUUUUAAAGGUUAGGCAUAUAUUCUUUUUUAUUAUAUUUAUCUCUACAGUCUUUGCUGGAAUGGUUUGAAUGUCAAAAAUCAAUUGGCUCAGUAUCAUUUCAAUUGAAGUCACCAUGAGCUAUUGCAUUAACUUUCUUAAAUCAAACUUCAACCAUACCAUUUCAUUCCCUUUACAACAAUAAACAGGUUUACAAGAUUUUAAAGUAUCAUUGUUUAAAGAGAUAGAUUUACCAAGAAUAACUCCAUCAGUUUCAAGUGUUAUAACUGAUGUUGUUGUAGAGUUAUCUUCUUCAAAUCCUAUGCCAAAAUUACAAAUUGGAUUUGAUGAAAGUUAUAUUCUUGAAGUUACUACUAAUAGUAUUUCCAUUAAAGCAGUUACAGUAUAUGGUGCACGUCAUGCAUUUGAAACAUUACUUCAAUUAAUUAGAAUUUCAUCAAACAAAUUUGUAAUUUCACAAUUACCAAUUAAAAUAAGUGAUGCACCAAGAUUUAAAUGGAGAGGAUUAAUGGUAGAUCCUUCAAGAAAUCCAUUAUCUCCUUUAAUGUUUAAAAGAAUUAUUGAUACAUUAGCAUCAGUUAAAGCAAAUGUUUUGCAUAUUCAUUUAAGUGAUGCACAAACAUUUGUCUUUGAGUCAAAGAAAUAUCCAUUGUUACAUCAAAAAGGAAUGUAUGACGAAAGUUUUGUUCUCACACAAUCUUUUCUUAGAGAAUUAGCACAAUAUGGUGCUAAUAGAGGUGUUAUUGUUUAUGGAGAAAUUGACACACCUGCACAUACAGCAUCAUGGAAUCUUGGAUAUCCAGGUGUAGUUGCUAAUUGUUGGGAUUAUAUUGUUAGUACAUCAAUGAGAUAUGGAGAGAAUGUCCUUUCAUUAAAUCCAGCUAAUCCAAAUACAUUCCCAAUCAUUGACGCAUUAAUGAAGGAAUUAUCCGAUACAUUUGGUACUGAUUAUGUCCAUGUUGGAGGUGAUGAAGUAUGGACAAGUGGAUGGUCAAAGUCAAAGGAAUAUAGUGACAUUCAAAAAUUCAUGAAAUCAAAAGGACUCAAUUCUCUUACAGAGUUAGAGGGAUAUUUUAAUAAAUAUGCACAAGAACAGGUAAUUCAUAAUGGUAAACAUCCAGUUGUAUGGGAAGAAGUAUUUAAAAAAGGAAAUGAUGAUAAAAAUACUAUUAUUCAAGUAUGGGAUGAUAUUCGAUUACUUCAACAAGUUGUUAAUUCUGGUUAUAAAGCAAUCUUUUCCGCAGGAUUUUAUUUAGAUAAACAAAUGCCAUUAUGUAAUAGUUAUGAUUCUAGCACUUGUGUUAAUACCCAUUCGAUGUGGGUAUGGACUAAUAGAGAUAUGUAUGACAAUGAUCCUGUUAAAUCACUUUCAUCAUCAGAAAAGGAAAAUGUAUUAGGAGGUGAAGGCUGCUCAUGGGGAGAAAGUACUGAUGAACAAAACUUCUUUGACAGAGUUUUCCAGAGAUAUUCUGCUAUUGCAGAAAGGCUUUGGAGUAAAGAGAGUGUUGUUGACAAAGAAAGUCAUGAAGUUCGUGCAAAUUAUUUAAGAUGUCUUGAUGUUAGAAGGGAUAUCAUGAAAGGUACUGGACCGUUGUACCAUUCAUUCUGUCAACUUCCAAAGGAAAAAAAGAAUUAA